GAAGAGAGAAGAAUGGGGCACUGGGCUUGGCUCCAGCUGCUCCAAUUCCUCUCUCCUUUGGAUUCUGAUAGUUUUUGGGAUGAGGGGAGGUGAGCUGAGUGAUCACACGUGUCCCAGCUCAGUCUCCCCUCUAGCCAUCUCAGCCCCUAUCAAUUUAUGGAGAGAAAUUAGCCAGUAAAACUUAAAGAACAAGAGAACUACAUUCAAACUGGGCUGGAAAAGAAUAUUUGGACAAUCUGUGAUUGUGAGAGUGGACGAGUCUUCUAGCUAACCCUAUGAGCUUUGCAACCACAGCAAUCACUUUCUACAUCCUCCUUAUAAUUUGCCUCAUUUGCAUCUGCCUUUUAUUGGUGGUUUUUUUAUUUAAAUGUGUCCAAAGUACAGAUGAAGAAACAGAAAAAUAUCCUUGUACAGAUGCUAAUAGAGAUGAAGAUUGUUUAGCUGCUAAUGUGGAGACGGACAAUUCAGGAGACAAAGACAAGACUCUCACACCCAUGAGGCCUGGCAUUCUUGUUCAGAGACAGAGUAAAGAAGUGCUGGCCACACCCUUAGAAAACAGAGGGGAUGUGGAGGAUGGAGAGGUGGCCAAAAUAAAAGAGAAGCAAAAGCCUGAGAAUGCUGGAGAAAAUGUUCAAGAGGAUGAUGACUUGCAAAAACCACCCAUACCAGUCACUGGAACUCCUUCAGUUGUUGAUAACCAAAAAAGACCUUUGAAAGGAGUGACAUUUUCUAGGGAGGUAAUUGUUGUGGACCUUGGGAAGGACCACCCUGUAUCUCGAAGCUAUACUCGAAUGCAUAAAGAGAGAAAAUGAAGCUCGGAAAAGGCUGAGAGUGAAAGAAUGUAACCUUAGACUCACACUGAAAUGACUGGGAGUACAAAAUCAUGUUGAACUAGCAAAAUAAUGGGGAAUUAAGCAAAUACACAUAGUAUUUUAUCUUUGUGCAGAAAGAAGUAGGUUACAUGCAAAUUUCUGUAAGUAAAAUACCCAGAACUUGAAUAUACUUUUUUUUUAAUUCAAAUCUGAGUUCAAAACAUUGAUUGUAUUAAGUGUCCUUAAAACAUUGUCUACUCAAACACUGUUCUAACGUGUGAAUAAAAUGAUUUGUGUUGGUGCAGA